AGUCUCGUCAGUUGCGUGCGUACCGUUGGCGAGUGUGAAUCUAUUACGUCCUUGUGCGAUCAUCUACUUCACGAAACAAUAAGUCAAGUUUAUUAUUCCGCCAAGUUGUUCCGUAACUAGCGCGGCGUCUCUCAAGGCAUUUGUAAUGUCACAUCACUACGCAUUACCUUACACUACACGCCGCAAGAGGUUUUAGGAAGGUCAUUAUAGAAACACAGGCAUGGGUCCAAGAAAGUCGCGAUGUAGACAUUUUAAUAUCUUAAUAUAUUAAUCAAGGGGAAACAUGCUGAAGUCUUAUCCCACACGACUUCCUAUUAGCGGAGCUGGUACUCGAGUGAUUCGCUUGACAGUGGACCAGGAAGCAGUUCUUCAAGAACAGUUUAACAGAUGGCCAAGAGCGCCUCAUACCGCGGAUAUUGUCCUACUGGCGGCUGAAACGGGUCUUUCCGAGGCUGAUGUUGAAGGCUGGUACGCUAUCAGAUUAGCUCAAUGGCGGAAAGAACAGGGUCUCGGUGGGAAUCUUGGAUUUCACUAAUUGUUAUCAUCGAAGCCCAUCAAUGUUACUUCACUUUUGUACCUGAUGUUCUGAUUUAUAUGCGUGCAGGCAACAUAAUCUUGUUUUCGAUAAAAUCGAUUACUUAAAAGUUUCAAGUUUUUACAACCUCAGGUAUAUCGAGUUUUAGUUAUUAAAUUUAUAGAAAAUGUAAUACACAGAAAAGAUUUUUUUAUUU